AUGGAACGCAUGAAGUACGAGAAUCACCCUCUGCUGCCGUCCAAUGCUCGACAGGGCCAACCACAUGUUCUCAAAGAUGGCCAAGACAUCGAGCACAUCGAGGAUGGCUUUGAGGUAGUCAGAUAUGAUCCCCGGUCUACGCUGAGGAAGCCUGCUCAGUUAUGCGAUUUUGUCGCUACCAUCCUGCAUCGGAUUGGCGACCAUCCCACAGCACUGAAAGACUUCUUCGGUCCGGCGAUAAAAUAUUUCAAGUUUCUUCGCAUCACGAAGAACGGCUGUUUCAUGACUGUCAUCAUAUGGCGUAAGGAUAACGAAGUGAUGGUAGGCCCCUAUAAUCAGUAUCCAUGGUUUCACGAAUGGGAGCUGUUGACCAAAUCCGAGCUUUCCAAAGUAGCGCCCGACGGCGUCUGGAAGGUGAAAUGGGGCGUCCAAACAGCGGUGUCUGGUCCGAACGUCGACACUAUAUGGAGCCUGCGCAACCUUUCCAAAGUGAACGACCUCAUGAUCGCUAAACCUGACCCUAGGGAUCCUGGAGAGGCAGAGAACAUAGCUUAUCGCCUUGGUACUUGUACCUAUGCCAACCAGAUCUGGGAAAAACUCGAUGGUACUGAAUGCGUUAUCGAGAUCGAGAAGCAAGAGGCAGAGGAGGCGAAGAACGACAAGAAUGUAGCAGCAGAACAAGAGAAGUACGAGAAGAAUUAA